AUGGCUGACGAAGGUGGCAAGAAGAUGUCCCGAAAGUGAGUUUUCUUUCUGCAUCAUUCGAAAUUGUAUUAAAAUUUUCAGGGAGGCAAAAAAGGCGAAAGCCAAAGCCAGUUUUGAUAAAGAAGUUUUGGCCAUGGGUGGCGUCGUUGACAAUCUUCCUACUGUCAGUGAAUAUGAUGACGGUUUGAAAGGCUGAAAAACAGACUCAGAAGCUUUUUUUACUUCAGAUAUCCCUGCAGGAAUCGGAUCUGGCGCGGAACUUGGAGCACAUUUCACCGUCUCGCAAACGGCGAAAAAUGCGUCUCAGUUGCAGCAAAUUGAAAACAGUAUGGACAUCAAGGUCUUGAAAAGCUUGAAGCUGUUCGUUUGAAUUUUUCUUCCGCUUCAGAUUGAAAAUUUCGAUAUUGCUGCUCAAGGAAAACUUUUGUUCAAUAAGGCGAAUUUAACGAUUGUCUACGGCAGAAGAUAUGGUCUUGUAGGACCUAAUGGGUUGGAAAUUCAUAAAUAUUCCGAUCCUAUAAUUAUGUUCUCUUCAGGAUGGGGAAAACAACGCUUUUAAAACAUAUAGCAGCAAGAAAAUUAGCGAUUCCUUCUCAUAUUGACCUUCUUUAUUGUGAACAGGGUAAGUCGGAAGAAAAAGAAAGUUUAUUGGAAUAUUGUUCAGAAAUCAAGGUCGAUAGCACGUCGGCGAUUGAUACUGUAGUGAAGUCGGACAAGAAUCGAAUGCGACUUCUUGACGAAGAAGCUGCGCUCACGAAACAACUCGAAGAAGGAGACACCACUGUUACGGAACGGUUGAAAGAGGUUUUUAUUUAUUUCGAAUUUCAUAUUCGAGUUAAGGAUAAAAUUGAAAGGAUAUCACAUUCUCAAACAUUUGAAGAGGUUUCAUAAAUUUUUCAAGGUAGCUCUUUUAUAGUAGCUUGAGCUAUGAAAACAAUUUUUUCCGCUUUAAUUUGACAAAAUACAAGCUUCUUAUUUCCCUUAAAAGACACCUACUUAAGCAGUUGCUCAAAAAACUUUUUUUUAAACCUCUCAAUUGAUAUGUUUUUCGUAAAAUAGAAAUAUUCUUCCAGGUAAACGACGAGCUUCGCGACAUUGGCGCUGACGCCGCUGAGCCGAAAGCUCGACGAAUCCUGGCCGGUCUCGGAUUUUCCAAAGAAAUGCAGGAGAAACCGGUCGAGGUUUUCAAGAAAUCAAAGGGAAACUCUGAUUUCAACUCGAUUCUCAGGCUUUUUCGGGAGGUUGGAGAAUGCGUAUUUCCCUGGCGAGAGCUCUUUAUCUCGAGCCGACUCUUUUGAUGCUUGAUGAACCUACAAAUCACCUGGACCUUAAUGCAGUUAUUUGGCUUGACAAGUUGGUAAUGAAAUUCGAAGAAUGUGAAGAAAUCGAAAAAAUUGUUUCCGUUGAAAGGUGGUUGACAAUGUAACAAAAACGAAUCGGAACAUGAAGGAAAAGAUCUGAGAGUUUGACAAAAAAAAAAAAUCAUUUGUGGCACUUCAGCAGCACAUUUACGCUCCAUUGACAAAAAAAAGAUGUAAUUUAUUAGAAAGAAACUUGUUUUUCUUUGCAUGGAUUUGUAAUAAAAAAAAACGGUAAUUUUAAGAUAGAAAAUAUUGAAAAUUAGCCGAAAGCCCUUCAUUGUAGCAGUCUAAACAAGGAAUUUCUACGACCUUUUUUUCUUUUCGAAUAUGAAUGAUUUUUUUAAACUUGAAAAAGAAAAAAAUAAACUCAAUGCACUGAAAAGCUUCCAGUUACCUCCAAACAUGGAAGAAAACCUUGUUGAUUGUUUCUCACGACCAAGGAUUUUUGGACAGCGUUUGCACGGACAUCAUUCACUUGCAAGACCAAAAGCUCUACGAGUACCGAGGAAAUUACAGUAAUAUAAUUUAUGUUUUCAUCUGACUAGAAAAAGAUUUUUUCAGCUUUGUUCAAGAAAAUGUACGUGCAGAAGAUGAAGGAGUUGAUCAAGGCUUUCGACCAACAAGAAAAACGCUUGAAGGCCUUGAAGAAAGAAGGAAAGAGCAGCAAACAGGCCGAAGAGGUUCUCAAGGUAAAGUUUGGUUCGAAAAAGGUUUUUUUUUUCCUAUGAACGCUAAUGAAAGUUCCACUUUUACGUCAACGAUCGACUUUUCCGUUUUCAUUUAUUUUUUUCUGCUGCGAAUCGAUGACUAAGAAAAAAAAAACCGAUUUUAUGUUAGAACAUAUGCAAAUUAUUAAUUUCAACAUUUCUUUCAAGUUUGACAAUUUCUCUAAAGAAAAGAUUAUAAGCAGUCAUAGAAAAAGAAGCACAGUGUUCCAAAAGAGACGGCGGCAAGCGAAAAAAAAAAGGUCGUCGCAAUGGGGCGAAAACGCGAGUUUUUUCUAACGCAACGCGGUGCGGCGCGUGUCACCCUUACAAAAUUUCAUUCACUUUUAAUACGGUUUUUUCUCUUUUUCUUGCAUAUUUUACCAUUCUUUCGUAUUUUUUCACAUCGUAUGUGUUCUUAAAACGUGUUUAUCGCGUUUUCCAGAGAUUUGAAGUGAUUUUCGAUUGUUCUCGUCACAGAAAUUCGCAUUGAAAUGACAUUUUUGAUGAAAACUUAUUUCGCAUGAGAUAUUUCGUUUGUUUUUUUGUUUUAGAAUUUUCAAAUAGACGAAUUCAUUCUUGAAAAUGUCAUUUUGGGUGACAACUUUAUUCGUACAAGCUAUUAUGUAUCUGUUUUUGUUUUAAAACGUUCAAAUAGUAUUUCUUAAGAGAAGUGCUUAGAGCUUUUUCUCAAUUUUCCCUUUGGAAGUUCGAUUUGACGAGUUUUCCUAAAAAACGACAUUUUGGGAGAUAUUUUGAUUUGCAAAAACUUUUUCGUCUCUUUUUUCAUUUAAAUUUGUUUGUUAUAAUUUAAUACACUUUAAAAAUCUUUGAAAACUUGCGAGAACCUAGGAAAAACAUCAUUUAUUGGUCUUUUUCCAACCACUAAAUCCACAAAACUUGACUCUCAUUCCCGCGCCCCUAUUGCAAUAAACCGUGCCGCUGUUGCAGUCAGCCACGCCUACUGACCACAGCUGCCGCUCGUUUGGGAACGCUGUGAGAAGUAUUGAAAUCAGUAUGUCUUAAAUUAAUUUUCCGCGUUUUUUUUAGGGAAGUCAGAAUUUAGCAGAUACGUGUAGAACUUUAUGCAGUGUCUUCAAAUCAUUAAAAUCAACUUGAAUAUUAUCUUUUUUUAUUUAGGGACAAUUGGCGAAUAAGCAAAAAAAAGCUACCAAAGGAAAUGCUGCUUCUUCUUCGAUGGGAGACGAAAGUAAUAUUUUUUCUUUUUUCUUCUUAUUUUCUGUCUAAUUUCUUAGACGAUGCUCCGCCGCCAGAGUUGAUGCAAAGAAUAAAGGAAUAUCAAGUGAAAUUCAACUUCCCCGAAACAACAAAACUCAGCCCGCCCGUGCUUGGAUUGCACAGUUGAUAGACUUGCUAUCGUAUAAUUCGUUUCGAAAUUCAAUUUCAGACGUCACUUUCGCCUACGGAAACCAGGUUCUGUUCAAAAAUAUCGAUUUCGGUGUGGAUAUGGACUCGCGAAUCGCGAUCGUGGGACCGAACGGCGUCGGAAAAUCGACACUUUUGAAGUUACUCAUCGGAAAAUUGGAACCGGUUAAUAAUAGUCAUAACGGAACAUCUCAAAAAUCCGCUUAGCAAUUUUCGAACACAGAAACUAUCAAAAGCUUAAACAAAAAUACCAUGAAAUUAGAGUGAAAAUGAUAAAGCCAAUAAAAAAGUCCUUCAAAAGAUUCUUAGAAAAAAUUAGACUUAUUUCGAAAAAUGUCAUUUUUAAGGUUGCUAAUUUUUUUUUCAUCACCAUCUUUUAUUUUUUUUUAUUGGUGGUAGGAAAAAAACCAGCGAAAUUUCAAACGAUGACUUUUCCGAUUUCAUGUCGCUAGAGAACUUUCCGACUCCGAAGUUUCCGACUGGAUAAUUUUUCCGUUUUUCCAUUUUGAAUCUUCCUAUAUAGAACAAGUUGGUGAUUCAAAAAAAAAAAAAAAUGAAUAUAUGUUACAUAAACCGAGAAAUAUAAGGGAAAAAAAUCGGAAAGGUCGCCGUCAAAACUCGCUGAUUUUUUUUUCCUAAAACUUUCUUAUGAUCCUAUUUCUCAUUUUUACGUCCCAAGAAACACCUUAAUCAUAGAAAAAAAAGGCGAAAUCGCCCGUUUGCAAAUUUUUUUACGCUAAAUGUUUUGUGACUUGAAAAAUUCGAACAUGUCAGCGCUCUUUUUUCCCUCGCCGGCGUGGUCAUAAAAAAAUGAUAAUGGCUAAUAAACACGGAAGUUCAGAGACUUGUGACGAACUUUGCUGUUUUUUGAGAACAUUCAAAGAGAAAAUUACAAGAGUUUUUCAAUAAGUUUGCGAUUUUUUUAAAUAUUUUUGAACAAAAAUAGAAAUUUUUUUCUUUCAGCAAAGCGGUGAGCUGAGGAAACACCGAACCUUGAAAAUCGGAUGGUUCGAUCAGCACUCCAACGAGGCUCUGAAUGGCGACCAGACACCUGUCGAGUACCUGUGCGUCAAAUUCAAAAUUGCAUAUGAGGUAAUUAGAAAAGUGGAAAAUAAUGUCUUCCGUCCUUCCUUCUUCUUGUCUCCAUACCUUUGUCCGAGCUUUUUUUGCAGCUUUCCGGUUGUUUUGAAAAUAAUUAUGCAUCCUGAAUUUUUCAGAAUAAGCGAAAAGCCAUGAGUGGACAAGUCGAGAAACCAAAAGAUUGGGAAGAGGUGCUGACAAAAACUGUUUGAAAAGAAUGGUGUGAUGAAAGUAUUCUAGGUUUUCUUUUUGAAGGAUAGCUGCAACUUUUCAGAAGGGAGUCUCGUUAAAACUUUUUUCAUAUAGUUUUUGAAGAAAAAUAGAAAACGCAGAAAAAAAAAAGAGAAAUUAAUGUUUUUUUUAUUGCUAUUUUAAGUUCUUCAAACGAAAAAAAGUUUCAGAAAGAGUUUUUAUCACAAACUUGAUACUCUUGUCGGCCAAGAUCACCGUCUUCACUGACUUUCAACUUUCACAUUUUUAAGGCGGCCAGAAAACAGCUGGGAACGACCGGAUUGGCUAGCCACGCGCACACGGUCAAGAUCAAGGAUCUGUCUGGAGGACAAAAGUCUCGAGUUGCUCUUUGUGAACUGGCUCUUGGCGAACCGGAUAUUUUGAUUUUGGUAGUUAAUCAUAGGCGAAAUUGUCGAAGAAGUUGACUUGAGGACGAGCCUACGAACAACUUGGACAUAGAGUCGAUUGACGCCUUGGCACAGGCCAUCGGAGAGUUCGAGGGCGGAGUUUUGAUGGUGACCCACGACGAGAGGCUCGUUCGGGCCACUAACUGCGCUCUGUGGAUAGUCGAAAGCCAGGUCUGUUUCGGCGAAACUUGAAGGAUAAAGGAGAAUUAUCGGAAAUAAAGCUGAUUUAAGGCUGGCUUGAGCCAUCGUAAAAAGGUUCCUGACACGAUAAGAAAAGAGAAAUUUCCUUGUUGGCGAAGAGCGCAGUCAGGCCACGCCCCCUAACGUCCCAAGCUAGCCGUGAAUCAGCUAUAAUACUAUUCUUGCAAAAAGAAAAUAUCAAAGUUAUCUAGUUGAUUUGUGCUAGAUUCAUGAAUGGAUGUAUAAAAUUAAGACUUUAUCAAAUUUACUAAGCAAAUUUUUCGAAGAUGAAGGAACUGGUAUAUUGUAGAAAUAUUGCUUGUAGGUCGAUUCGAAAUUUUCAUAGAAAUGUGGUUAAGUUUGCAUUAUUCCUAAGAAAAAAAUUUAAGAUUUUUUUAACCGUAAAUGGUGUAUUUGGGACGGCUUUGUGAUUUUUAAUAUGUAAAAUAUAAAUUUAUAUGAACAGUUCCGUUUGAAUCUAAACUAUCUGGUUUACCGAGGAAAUUUUGUUUGUGGAUCAAGUUAGAAUUUACUUAGCGUGAUCACCUGACUAUGGAACUUUAUUUUUUUUUUGGAAGCUGCUCAAAAAAUUCGAAAAGAAAAGACAAAAUGAUAGACGACUUUUUCAUCAAUGACAAAAAUGAGAUUCAGAAAAUUGUCCGAUUCUUCGUUCGUUGCUAACAUUUGAGAUUACAUCAAACUUUUUCAAAGAGAAUCUGAACCGUAAUGAUUUAAAUAGAGAUUUCUUUUUUGUGCAAAAUGGACUCAAAAGAAGUUUGAAGGGCGUCUCUGAAAUCGAUGGCGACUUUGACGACUACAAGAAGGAAGUUCUGGAUGCCUUAGGCGAGACGUUGGCUGCCAAGAACUAG